CUGCAUUCUCUCUCUCUCUCUCUCUCUCUCAUUAACUAGAAUCCUUCAAACUUUUCACAAAAUCAAAAUCAGAAUCUCUGUUUUUUCCUCCAAACAGAAUCUUGAAAAGCGAGAAAAUAUAAGUUAAGUGAGAGUGAUGAUGAUGGAUGAAUAUAUGGACUUCAGACCAGUCAAGUACACAGAGCACAAGAAGGUGAUCAAGAAGUACACUAAAAAGUUGCCAGUGGAGGAGAACAAGAGGAAGAACAGUACUACUGGUCGUGACUCGGCGAGGUUGGUUCGUGUGUGCGUGAUGGAUGGUGACGCCACUGAUUCAUCUAGCGACGAUGAGGAGGAGUUUAUGUUCCCUAGAAGACGGGUCAAAAGAUUGAUUAACGAGAUCAGAGUUGAACCGAGCUCCUCCUCCGACGAAGUCUCGGCUCUGGCCGUUGAUUCUCCUCCCCAAAUGGUCUCUGUUUCCGGCGCCGACCAAAACCAAAAGAAGUUCCGCGGCGUGAGACGUCGACCGUGGGGAAAAUACGCGGCGGAGAUUCGUGAUCCGGUACAACGCCGGAGGAUCUGGCUAGGUACUUUCUCAACGGCGGAGGAAGCUGCUAUCGUCUACGACAACGCAGCAAUCAGGCUUCGUGGCCCUGAUGCUCUUACCAACUUCACCGUACCACCAGAACCUGAACCAGAACCGGACCGGGAGAGCAACGUAUCGGUUUAUUCAACAUCAGAAUCAGUGGAAGACUCUCAUCAUCAUCUAUCAUCUCCUACAUCAGUUCUGAACUACCGUAUAUCCGAGCCAGUUGAUGAACCGGUCAAACCGGUUAAGCAAGAGUUUAUUGAACCGGAACCAAUAAGCUGGCACCUGGAAGAAGUUAAUAGUUCAUUUCCAUUGGACAUUCCAUUUCCGGACAACUAUUUCACUGAAACAUUGGAGGAUAUUUCCAUCUUCGAUCAGUCCAUGUCUCCUAUACAAUCAUCGGAGAGUAAUUUCUUUGACGAUCUUAUGGUAUUCGAUAACAGCAACAUAGGAGGAGAGAGCUACUCUUCUAAAAUCAAAGAGAUUGGUUCGAUAUUCAAUGAUCUCGAUGAUUCUUUGAUAUCAGAACUUUUAGUUGUGUGAUAUUUGUACCAAAGAGAAAAAAAACAUUGGUUGCGGAUAUUGCUGGUGCAAGUCACAGUUUUGAUUAAUUUUUCUGUUUUUUUUCUUAUAAUGUUGAGAAAUUUUGUAAUAUUGUAU